AAAGCGACUUGCAUUGCACUGAGGUGUAUAUAUUUAAAUUAAAAUAAAUAUAUUGAAAUAGAAAAAAAAAGAGUUUUGGUCUGCAGUCUGUGGCGCAUGACGAUUUCGCGCGGUUAUCCUUGUUAUGUUUAAACUGAGAGGAUCAUUUAAACGCGUGACAUCACGAAGAACACUCCGAGAGCCUCUAUGACACAUUCAGUAGUUGGUAAGUGAGACCAGUAGGGGGUCGGAUCGCUUUCCCCUGAUCUCCAGCCUCCAGCCCAAGUUCGGUCUCAGUGCUGCAUGAACGCACGGCGAGAGAGGGAGGACACUUCCCUCUCCAGCAUCAAACGCGAAGGAUGCGCUUCAUCGCCUUAGGGGACUGGAUGGAUGGAGCGACAGGGUCAUGAAGGUGACCGCAACCUCUGGGUUGGAUUUAGGGGGUCGUUUCCGCAGAAGGAGCCUAUCCAUAAUUAAUAAGAGCGAGUCGGAGAUCCUAGAACCGAAGCGCAACCACCGGCGAGUCAUGUCACCAAAUGACAGCGCUUCCAGAGGAGCUGACGAGGAGGACAAAGGAGGAUGAAGGAGGCAGAGGAGGAUUAUAAUGAAGCUGAGUGGCAAAGGACUGUGCACCAUCGUCUCCAGCAGUCUGCUCUUCGUGUGCGCGGUGAGCGCCGUGGUCGUGGGAUUCAAAUGCAUCGCGUUGGGCUCCAGGGUGCGAGCGCACUUCCACCUGGCCACCGCGGCCGGCGCGUUCUACUCGGGCAUCCUGGUGACUCUCGGGCAGGUGCUGAUGGGGGUGGCGCUGGUCUUUUGCCGGGGAAACCCCAGGUGUGCGAAUUUCUUCCUCUUUGGGAUCUUAGUGUUUCUUUUGGGGGUCCUGACGGCGUUCUCUGGCGCGGUGGUGGAUGGCGACACUGUGUCCCUGGUGGAGAGGAAGUACGCGCACUAUUGUCAGGACUCUGUGGAUGUAAACCCGGCGUGCGACCGGCUCAAAGUGUACCAGCGGGGUCUGGUGGUCUCCACUAUCCUUAACACUCUGGAGUGCCUCCUGGGGCUGAUGAACCUGGUGAUCAUCAAGCGUUACCAAACCGCGCGGUUUCACCGGAGACGCCGGGCGCAGAGGCGGAGCGCGCGGAUCGUUCUGAACGAGGAGCGCGACUUCGCGGUCACGGAGUUCCAGCCGGUGUCCUACAUCAACUUGGCGGUGUUUCACGCGUUGGACGAGUUGGAUGGAGAGGUGCACAGCCGGGGCCACCCGUGCAUGGAGCUGCCGGGCUAUUCGCCAGCCAAUCCGGAGCUUAAUCACACAUACCCGUUUUCUUACCCGCUUCACAACGAGCUGCCACCUGCCUACGAGGACAUAUUCCCCGGAGAAGGGAGCAGCAAAUAGCAAAGAAGAGAAACCGAGUUGCAGUUUUGCAGUGACAAUCACGCAUUCGGCACGCUGAACUUGGAUUCGACGCGAUUAUUUCUAUAUUACGGCGACCAGCUGUUGCCUAAUGUACUUUUUCAUUUAGUGGAGGUUACAGCCAGCGCUCUGAACAAACCCUACAGUUGUUCAUAAACUACAAAACGAACCUAUGAGAAGGUAAACGUACUGAAAGGAUGAUAUAUACAUGCAAAAUUUGUUUUUUGACUGACCGAUUGUAUUCUCAGCUCAUCCCUUGUCUAAAUCCCAAAGGUUUGUGUACAGGAUUCCCUUUGGAAUUUUUGGAAUCUAAAGGAUCCUGAUUUUCUUACAGUAUUCCUGCAGGGCACAAAACAAAAAGAAGUUACCAAAUUGGGCAAAAAGAACAAAUGAGAAGGUAAACGUACCGGAAGCAUACCUUUUUUGACAUUCCUGAUUGAUUGUAUUCCCAAAUAAUCCCUAGUCAAAAUCCUAAAGGCUUGUGUACAGGAUUCAUAGAGUUUUUUUUUCUUAUAAGCAACAAGCACCCAGCGAUAAAGGAUGUGUUUUAUAGGAUGUCAACAGGAGGCAAAAGACAAAAAGAUGUUCGGGACAAAAAGAGCCUAUUAUUAAAAGGUUAACUGAAACAGCAUUUGUUUUCUGAUGUAUGGAGAUGAAAAACGAAUCAUUUAGAACCAGAAUCAUAAUUGUGUUAGUAUUCCAGCAGAAAAUUCCCAGUAGGGCUAUUGUUAUUUGCAACUGGAUAAAUGUCCCUGUAGGGCAUCAAAAGUAUCCUGAAAGGCCUGCAUCAAGACGUCUUACAUUCAGCCUCAUGAUUUGUUAAUAGUCUCUUCAUCUCUGAUGUUUCAGACAAAAAGCCACUGCUGCUGGCCAAGUUCGAAUAACACGCGUUACCCAUCGGAGAGAGCAUUUCUGCUUAGCAGUGUUGUGACCGUGGGAAGUUAUUAAUGUUUCUGAAUAACGGGAGAACAUUCAGUUCUUCUCUUUUCAGCAGUUUAUGUCCACCGCAUCAGUUGUAUGAGUAUCCUCGAAUGUAUUCAUUGGAGGUUACCGCCAACACUUGAAGCCAGAUAAAAUAAUAGUUUAAUUAGUGACUUUCGCUUUUCCCAGAUCAACUAAAUUUGUAUAAAACGUAAAUUAUAGUCCACCAAAAACCCAUCAGAUCCAGGAAAAAAGUACCUAACAUCUAUCAUUGUCCGGUAGCAGGAAAUGUAUGAAAUCACACUCAGAAUCCAAUAAGAAUUCCUGUCGGGUUUUUCCCUAAGGAUCAAAACUAGGACUGAAGUUUCAUUGGGAAUCCUGCACGCUGUAUUUUUUGACUAGGGAUGCACAUGUAUUUUCUCGAUGUGGCUCUCUUGUUUUCCCUCAUAUUGCUUAUGUUUAGCUUCUGAAUAAAAAGGUGUAUUUACUCUCUC